GCUACAAUCGACGUUGACAUUUUUGACAAUUUAUUCACGUGUAGCUUGCUUGCUAAAAAGUAAUCUGUGCACGUGGUGACUGAUGCAUUGAAUUGCAUUGCUUUCUGUGAUUUAUUGAUCGAAUUGAAUGCCCAUGGCAAAAUAAAUAACCUAAGUCUUAGCGAAGAGUUGAAUUAAUCUCUUUGUUAAUCAUGGUUGGGAUAACUUUCAAGAAGAAGUUGCAAAAUGUUGUGCACUUGGAGUCAUAUACGAGCUACAAAGAAUACCAAGAGACCCAUCAAUUGAAAAUGCCGCUGGAUUCAUUCAUAACAUAUUGCAUUUAUAAGUAUUGCCCUUCGCAGUUUGUUACUGUGAGGAUUGUUCCAGUGGAGGCAAGUCCUGAGCAAUUAUCGUCCGCAGUUACGUUAGUUGAGAAGGAUCUGAUCUUCCUGCUCACUGAAUACGAGAUUCCUUGGCCGGUGGCUAUGUGCGUUUACCCAGUCAUAAUGUAUGAAGAUGUUAUAAUAACAGGGCUUGCCGCUGUCAACAGGCACAUUACUCUAUUCAAGGCUUGUCCGCCUAUUCCGCAAGAGCAUCCGAAGGGAUUGCUGGGCUUCUGACAUAGUUGUCUCCAGGCACCUAAUGAGACGUCAAUAUGGACAAAGUUCUGUGAAGUAGAUAUAAUAAAAACAGUGCGUGAUCUACUAACAGCUAUUGACAUUAAAGAGGUGCCUGGAAACCUACUUAGGUUUGAGGCUCAUUUAAAAAAGCCAGUUAGAAUACAUAAUGUAUACAAAAUUGCUAGAGAUUUAGCUAAAGAUAGUGUAAAUGCUGGGCAGCAAUCAAGUUCUGACCCAGAUGUUAAGAUUAGCCAAGAAAUAAAUGCUGAACUGCAAGCCAAUACAGAGCAACAAGAGAGCAGUGAACCACAAUCAGGUUCUGAGACACAAGCAACAGCUGUGCAACAAACAAGUGAUGAGCAACAAGCAACAGCUGCGCAAGAAACAAGUGCCGAGCAACAAGCAACAACUGUGCAAGAAACAGGUGAUGAGCAACAAUCAAGUACAACACGAGAACCCAGUCCAAUACCACAAACCAGUUCAGGCCAGCAGGCAAGUGAUGAUAAACAGGAUUCGGAAACUGCAUCUUUACAUAGUUCAACACCAUCAGACACGCCAAGGACUUCAAAGUCAAGAAAAUGGAAAUCAAAAAAGAAGGCACAAGUCAUAGACAGUUCUACCAAAAUUGAAGAUCUCAAUGUAAAUCAUGAUUAUGCUGAAGGGCCCUAUCUUACAUUAGCAGACCUAGUUCUGUUCCCACCAUAUCACAUUAUAAUCCAAACUAUUGGAGAGACAGUUUUUGAAUCUCUAUUACCAUUCACAUACAAAUGGUACAAAAAUCUCACAACUAUACCUCAAUUACAGGAAAGUUUUUUGUGUUAUAUGGACAAAUUUAAUUUGAAACCUUUAUCAUUCGAAAGUAUCGCAAUGCCAAUAACUGAAGAUGUAAGCCUGUACAAGAAAGACCCAAAGAGGCAUAAUCCUAAAAAGAGGAUUUUUACAAAAGAGGAAGACAUUGAAAAGGCUCUAAGUUGUAUUACUGAAGGGAUGGAACUGGAAAUAUCUAAUAAUGACCUGGAGCCAUCAUUUAAAUGGAGUGAGAUCCCUGAAGGUGCUAACCCAUAUGCUGGCCAUCUGCCUGAUUCAAGAGUACAGAGAAAGUCACUGCAACUGGAAAAUUUAGCCCUAGCAGUGUUGAGCAUAGUUAAAGAAGGAGAUAUUAUUGUAGACUUCCGCUGUGGAAGUGGGCACUUGGGGAUCCUUAUUGCAUAUCUGUUGCCAAGGUGCACUAUAAUACUGUUGGAUAACAAAGUGCAGUCUUUGUCCAGAGCUAGGGACAGGGUUCAUAAGAUGAGGAUGAACAAUGUAUUUUUCUUUCAAUGCAAUGUUGACUUUUUCAUCGGAGAGUUUGACAUAGGUAUAGGCUUACAUGCUUGUGGCAUAGCUACAGAUUUGAUCUUGGACAAAUGCUUAAAAGUAAAUGCUAAGUUUGUUGUGAGCCCAUGUUGCUAUGGUUCUCUACAUGCUACUGACAGGAUGGUUUAUCCAAGAAGUAAAAAGUUUUCCAGUUUACCCAUUGAGCAGUACCUAUGUAUUGGGCAUACUGCUGACCAAACUCAUAAGGAGCACCCUCUGGCGGUUAGAGGGUCAAGAUGUAGUUGCAUCAUAGAUUCAGAUAGAGGCCGCUUGGCUGAGGAGAUGGGGUACAAAGUCACACUCAUGAAACUGAAGCCCCCCUCAUGCACACCAAAAAACAAUUUACUAAUAGGAGUACCUGUCAAACCUUCAUAAAUCAAACACAUAUUUUAACAGAUCAUUUUAUUGUUGUAACAGAUUUUAAAAACGUAGAAUUUGUACCUAUUUUUUAACAAUAGCUUAUUUUACACUUUUCCAAAAUUGAACCUCCAAAAAUAAGCAUUUCAACAAACAACUUCAUACCAGUUAAACAAUGUUCAACCGAUUUUAAAGCAUCAAUCAUUGGUAUCAAAAUUUAACACUUUUAUACAGCAAAAGUACCAAAUUUUUCACUUUGUGCCAUCUAAUUCACUUUUGCGUAGACAAUGGCAGUGCGACACGGGAUAUAUACCUGAAACAAUAGAUUGUAAUUAACUUUGUUUGGUCGUGUAUACAGUUUUUGUUUGUAGUAUAUAUGAGCUUUGUUAGUCAAAUGUAAAACAUCUUUUGUACUUAACUCACCUGAAACCCAAUGAUGAAUGUUAAAUGUAGGUACUUAGUUUGUUAAUAUGUUUCAAGUUUCAAUAAUAUCUACAUGAUAUAAUAUCAGUGUCUACAUAAUAGCAAUUUCAAUGGCAAUAGUACUAUAACCAGUAAUUUAAUGACCAUGUCUUUAUCUACAAUAACUAUUUCUGUGGCACUUACUUAGAUGUUGUUAAAAUAAUUGUCUAUUUAAUCAUGUAUUUAAUAGACCCAUUCAAUGUUUGUGUAUAUCAUCGAUGUUUUAUGAAUCUUUAGGUAAAUGUUGGAAUAUAUAAUUAAAUUACAGUUGAAAUCGAAAAAGUUUAGAUGCAGUUGUUAGUUCUAUGCCAAAAUAUUAUUAGGCAUAUGAUUUGUAUGCAUAAAAGUUAUUAGGUUGAUUUGGUUAAAAAUUAGAAAUAAAGUUAAAAAAUGGAAAUAAUAGGGAUUUAGUUAAAAUUAGUAAUAAUAGGGAUUUGGUUAAAACUCUGUUACAUUAGAUAGCUGUUGUUUAUUGUUAAUUAUAUAGUUAUGUUUUUUUAUGUUAGUUAAUUAUAAUGAUGUAAUUAGUUAAUAAGUACUUAGAUCAGUGUCUACUAACCAAACCUCUAAUGGACGUAUCAAUAGUUAUAGUUCAAGAAUAUUCCUAUUGCAAUUACUUUCUAACACAAUAACACGUAUCAUUAACAAAAAAUAAAUGUUGAAAAUGUA